AUGAUCGAGACAGAAAAAAUUCGAAAAGCAAAACGUGUUUAUAGCGGAAAUAGGGAUGAACAGAAAAACAUACGUGGUAAAAGAGAACACAUAGCGAAAAAAAGUUGUGAGAGCGAUGAGCAAGCUGCUAAAAAAAACAGGACAAGUACGAAGAACGAUAACCAAAAAUUUAGAACCAGUGGGGAGAAAGACAAAAGAGAGGAGAGAAAAAGUGCCGUAAACAUUAAAAGCAAGUGUUCAAAGACAAGUGACAGAGAUAAUAAGACUGAUGAGAGGCUAAGGCACGGAAGUAAUCGUAGCAAGGAUAAUAAACGCAAAAGCCAGGACGAUAGAAAUACUAAAUUAGAUGUUAGUCAGAACACAACCAUGAUAAAAGAAAGCAGGCAAAAAGAAAAAUACGAUGCUACUAAAGACGAUCUGUAUGCUGUUACUGAUAGCCCGAUAGUGUAUUCGCCGAAGAACCGACUUAUUCUCAGAAAAGUUCCCCUUACAACUGAACGGGAGCUUCUUGACCAUUUUAAACUGGCCGACAAGGCAAGGAUGCUUAUGAAGAAUGAUAAGUUUACGGGUACGGUCUUUCUACAAUUUAUGAAUUUUAAAAAAACAAAAAAAGUUUUGGAAGACAAAUCACUGUGUAAAUUUAAUGGUCACACCAUUGAAGUGGAUUACUGCUUGCCUAGGGAGGUAUAUCUGAAGAAAAAAUACAUGGGCGGUGAGGACAGAGAAGAAAUGGGACAGGAUAACAGGGACGAAAGCAAAAAUGGAAAGAUGAACAGUAAAACAACUAAUAAUUGUGAGGAAACAUGUGAUGUGGGAAAUAAAAAAAGCAGUAAGCGAGGCAGUAAUAAUGAAACAGGUGAAGAGAAAGAGGACAAAAAUAUUGCGAGAAAAAAACAAAGAAAAGAGAAAGAUGACGAGCAUGAUACUAAAGAGAAUAUCAAGAACAAAGAACAAAAACUUAACUGUGUUGAAAUGAAUGAUAAUAGGUCUGUUAAAAAGAAAAGUAUCGGUGAACAUGAGAAAAUUAAAGUCGGGAAAGAAUGUGUAGCUGAUGGUAAGUACAUUACAAAACCGUCUAAAGCAAAUCUGCAGAACGUUUCCCCAGAUACUCUUUACAAUUUCGUGCUUACAAACUUGGCUUAUAAUGAAACAGAGCAGUCUUUGAGAGCAUACUUCGAUAGCUUUGGUAUAAUUCACGAGAUUACCAUAAAGAAGAAUAAUGAUGGCUUCUGCACAGGCACAGCCAUUCUUGCAUUCGUAAAGAUGUUUAAAACGAUACAGGGUGAAGUAUUAUGCAAUAGUCGUACGGUUUAUGUCAGAUUUAUUAAGCACACGUACCGCAUUUUUAUAUCAAGUGUUAAAAAGACGCUAACCAAGGAAAUGAUAGCUGGUUAUCUGAGAGAUAAAGGAUACGAAGUUGCUGAAGUCGUUGUGCCUGUCGGUGGAGAUCGUAAAAACAGAGGAUAUUGCUUUGUGCAGUUUGACGGGGAGAAUGGUGUAAAGCGCUUCAAAAAUGAAUAUCGCAGGCAUAAGAAGUUCUUUGGCGGAAAGAGUUGUAUUGAGCAUGCAAAGAGAACUGACCGUGAGAACUGAGUACGAGGGAGAACAUAACACAGAUCCUUUAUAUGAUCUUCGCUUCAUUAUAUCAUUGCGAUCACGUGUCAAGCAGAAAUAAACAGCAUUUUGCCAUACAACAUGUCAUAAUUUUUUGCGGAUUAUUACUUUGGGUUGAGAUGAUUUGGUAGAUGCCUUGGUAUACGUUGAUAGCAGUACAUUAGUAUGAAUGCUAAGGUGAGUAAGACACUACGAAAUUAUGUAAGCUAAGCGAAACUGACCUCGACAAGCUGUAUUUUGAAAUAUAUGGCAUUUUUAAUAGGAAUAAUAGAAAUUGCAUACAUAAGAUUCACAUCAAGCAUUUCUCCCAUCAUUGACUAACACAUCAAUCACGACGUGCCAUCAUACACUAUGAACCAAUCAUAGAAAGAUUAUUCCUACAUUUGAUCGAAUUCAUAUACCAAUUUGGUCUGAUCAUUUAAUUUUGUUAGAUAACAUGUUCAAGUAUGGCAUGAGAAGUUAAAAUUCUUUAUAAAUUUGUUUCUGAAA